AUGCCCACCCAGCUUUGGGCUCCCGGGAAGAAAGGACUUGCCCACAAGAGAGACCGAGAAGUGAAGCCCAGAGGAGACAUGACUGCUGGCGAGGAUUUGUCCCAGAGGUCCCAGGCCCUGGGUUCAGAGGAGCAGGAUGGACCAUGCGAGGUAUCAGUGUCAUUUGAGGAUGUGACCAUGGACUUCAGCAGGGAGGAGUGGGAGCAGCUGGGCCCCACCCAGAGAUGCCUGUACUGGGACGUGAUGCUGGAGAUCUGCAGCCACCUCCUCUCCCUGGGGUACCCCAUUCCCAGGCCAGAGAUGAUUUUCAGGAUGGAAAAGGAAGAGGAGCCAUGGAUAAGGGAGGCUCAGCUCCCACAUCAGUGGCGUCCAGAAGGGGAGUUUGGACUCAAAACCUCACGACAGAAAAUUUUUGAAAAAGCUUCGUUUCGCGACGGUAAGGAACUUGCGGCCCUGGGAGGUGGGUCAGGGUGCUCCGUCUUGGGAGAUGUGAACCCCACAACGAGGGGUCUGCAGAAGCAAGGGAAACCUUCGCGGCACGGGGCUCUCCUCAGUAGGGAAACACCGGAUACAGAGAGAGACUGCGGGUGUAAAGACCCGGGAAAAAUCGCUCCUGUGAGGCCCCAUCUUGUUCCUCCACAAAAAAGACCUCCUAAAUGUGGCUCAUUUGCGAAAAGUUUGAAGCCCAACCUAGAAGGGAGUCCUCAAAAGCAAAGCGACGGCACAGAACACCUCGAUGGGACUGUCGGCUCUGGCCGGCUACUCCACCAUAGCCCUUCCGGUCCUGGCUACAAGAACGUUCGUCCAGGAGAGAACCUGUGUGAAGGGAAUCCACAUAUGAAAGUCGGCAGCCGUAAACCGCCACACGCACAACAUCGAGUCCAUACCUGGGAGAAACCCGAUAAAUGUGCCGAAUGUGGCAGGGGCUUCGGCCAGAAGCCACCCCUCGAGCAGCAGAGAUUCCACAGCGUGGAAAACCUCCAGGAGAGCAGGAAAUGCACGACGAGCCUUGCCCCGCGGCCAGACCUCAGCGCAUAUCUGCCCGCUCACGCAGGACACGUUCCGUACAUAUGUAAGGAGUGCGGGAAAGUCUUCGCUCAGAGGUCAGAACUGACGACACACCAGAAAAGCCACGCCAGACAGAAGCCCCACAAAUGCCAGGAAUGUGGAAAAGCCUUUUUCCAGGCGUUAUCUCUCUUCAGACACCAGAGAACCCACACUCGAGGGAAGCUCUACGAGUGCAGCGAGUGUGGGAAAGGCUUCUCCCAGAAGUCCACCCUCGCCAUCCAUCAGAAAAUCCACGCCGGCGAGCGGCAGUAUGCGUGCGGCGAGUGUGGGAAGGCCUUCACCCAGAAGUCUGCACUCAGCCUGCACCGGAGGAUCCACUCGGGGGAGAAGGCCUACGCGUGCCUCGCGUGCGGCCAGGCCUUCGUGCAGAAGGCCCACCUGACCGUGCAUCAGAGAAGCCACACCGGAGAGAAGCCCUACAAGUGCAGCGACUGCGGGAGAGCCUUCAUUUGCAAGUCGCAGCUCGACAUACAUCGCCGCAUCCACACCGGCGAGAAGCCAUACGAGUGCCGUGACUGUGCAAAAGCCUUCACGCAGAAGUCACACCUCAACAUGCACCGGAAGAUCCACACGGGAGAGAGACAGCACGUGUGCCGUGACUGCGGCAAGGCCUUCACCCAGAAGUCCAUCCUCAACAUGCACCAGCGCACCCACACCGGAGAGAAGCCCUACAAGUGCAGCGACUGCGGGAGAGCCUUCACCUCCAAGUCACAGUUCAGAGAGCACCAGCGGGUCCACACGGGCGAGAAACCCUACGUGUGCGCCGAGUGUGGGAAGGCUUUCAACGGCAGGUCCAAUUUCCACAAACAUCAGAUGACUCACACGAGAGGGAAGACCUUUGUCUGCCACACAUGUGGGACCGCCUUUGGCCAGAAAUCAGAGCUGAUGGCACAUCGGAGAACUCACGUCGGACAGAGGCCUCAUGAAUGCGGGGACUGCGGGAAAUCCUUCAGUAAGAAACCACAGCUCCAAGUGCACCGGCGAAUUCACACGGGAGAGAUGCCCUAUGCGUGUCCUCAGUGUGGGAAGGCCUUCAACAACAGAUCCAAUUUUAAUAAACACCAAACAACUCAUACCAGAGACAGACCUUACAAGAGCAGUUACUGCAUGAAAGGCAUUACCCAGACAUCCGCUCCCAGUAUGCAUCAGCAAUAACAUAAAGUGAAACAAAGUCUAAAUUUCUCGAAGGAAAAAAAAAAUCU